CCAAAAUUAGAGGUCAAGGAUAUGAUGGAGCUUCUAAUAUGCGAGGUGAACUUAGUGGAUUGAAGACUCUUAUUUUGAAUGAAAAUCCACAUGCAAGAUAUAUUCAUUGUUUUGCUCACCAAUUGCAAUUAGUUAUUGUGGCUGUUGCACAAAGCAAUAAGUUUGUGAGUGACUUUUUUGAAUAUUUGUCCAUGAUUACUAACAUGGUAGGAUCUUCUUGUAAAAGAAAGGAUGAGUUUCGGCAAAUGCAACAUGAAGCCAUGGUAGAGAUGUUAGAAAAGGGUGAGCUUACAACUGGGAGAGGAUUGAAUCAAGAAAGUAGUUUAGCUAGGCCGGGAGCUACACGCUGGGGUUCACAUCAUACAACCAUUAUCCGUAUUCUUUCUAUGUGGUCUCCUACUAUUCAAGUUUUGGACAAUAUAUUUGAUGAUGGAACUGAUCUAAAAUCGAGAGGCUCUGCUAGUAGUUUGGUAGAUAAGAUGGAGAGUUAUCAGUUUGUUUUUAUUGCUCAGUUGAUGAAAAAAAUAUUGGGAUUGACGAAUAUAUUGUCACAUUUCUUGCAACAAAAAGAUCAAAAUAUUCUGGAGGCUGUGAGCUUAGUUAAAAGCACUAAAGCUAAAUUUCAAGACUUGAGAGAAAGUGGAUGGGAUGGUCUCUUGGAAGAUGUCAGUAGCUUUUGUGUCAAGAACAAAAUUGACAUUCUUAACAUGGAAGAGACGAAUCAUCGUUCUAGACGUGUUCGUCACCCGGUAACAAAUUAUCACCACUUUCGUGUUGAUAUAUUUUGCCAGGUUAUUGACCAGAUCAGUCUUGAGAUGGAGAAUCGCUUUAGUGAGUCAAACACAGAAUUACUCACUUGCUUAGCAUGUCUUGAUCCUAGAGAUAAGUUCUCCAAUUUCUGUGAGUCAAAGCUACUGAACCUUGCAGAGUUAUAUUCAUGUGAUUUUUCAUCUGUUGACCGAAUGGAGCUGAAAGAGCAACUCCAAGUGUGGAUAUAUGAAAUGAGAACAAAUGAAUUAUUUUCUGACAUACAAACUAUUGGUGAAGUUUGUAAGAAGAUGGUUGAACUUAAAGUUCACAAUUCAUUUCACUUGAUAUAUCGUCUGAUUGAGUUGGCUUUAGUAUUACCAGUUGCAACAGCCACCGUUGAAAGGGCCUUCUCUGCGAUGAAUAUUAUCAAGACAGAUCUUCGCAAUAAGAUGGGAGAUGACUAUCUUAC